UUUCUUUAUUUGGAGUAUCCUCCUGUAUUGACCCUUCUCCUCUCUAGUCCCGUGUGACCCCAGCCAAAUGCGAAUUUCUCUGCGUUUGAUGAUGGCUGCCGUAAAAGCCUACGACUAUGUUGUGAUCGGCGGAGGAUCUGGAGGAAUCGCCAGCGCUAGAAGAGCGGCAGAGUUCGGUGUGAAAGCUGUCGUUAUCGAGCAUGCUCGGCUCGGUGGUACUUGUGUCAAUGUUGGCUGUGUUCCGAAAAAGAUUAUGUUCAAUGCAGCUAUGUGCGCUGAGACACUGCCAUAUUACAAGGACUACGGUUUUGAUGUUACUUUAAACAAGUUCACAUGGAAGAAUAUCAAGGAGAAGAGGGAUGCACAUGUUAGCAAACUUAAUACAAUCUAUGAAAACAACCUAGGCAAGGCCCAUGUAGAUUUUGUUGCUGGUCAUGCCCAGUUUACCCCUGAUGGAAACGUAAAAGUAGGUGAUCAGCUGUUCUCUGGGAAACACAUUCUGAUUGCUACAGGUGGAGUACCAUCACUGCCUUCAAUACCAGGUUUUGAACAUGGUAUAACAAGUGAUGGCUUCUUUGAGCUGGAGGAUCUACCAAAAAAAGUGGCAGUUGUUGGUGCUGGCUAUAUCGCUGUAGAGUUGGCUGGUAUUCUCAAUGCUCUUGGAUCUAGAGUUUCUCUUCUCAUCAGAUAUAACAAUGUGAUAAGGAAUUUUGAUUCAAUGUUAAGUGGAAUGCUCACAGAAGAAAUCAAAGAUUCUGGAAUUGAUCUCUGUACUAAUACAACUGUAAGUAUACACCUCUUGUGUGUUGAUUUUGACAUUGUCGACCACUUAUUUUUACACACAUCUUGUCUGCAGACUGAACAAGUCUCAAAAGACAGCAAUACUGGGCUUCUAACUCUUCACACCCUUAAAAACAAGACAGAGAAAGUUGAUUUAUCUGGGUAUGAUUGUCUACUUUGGGCCAUGGGGCGUAACCCCAACACCAACAAUCUAGGCCUCGAGCAUAUGGGCAUUGAGAUGGACAAAGGAGGACAUAUUAUUGUAGAUGAGUUUCAAAACACUACUAGGCCAAAUGUAUAUGCUCUUGGUGAUGUAUGUGGCAAAGCCCUUCUCACUCCAGUUGCCAUAUCAGCAGGCCGUAAGCUGGCUCAUCGACUCUUUGAUGGUCAGACCAACCUUAGGCUUGACUAUGACAACAUACCCACUGUGGUAUUCAGUCAUCCUACUAUCGGCACUAUUGGUCUUACUGAAGAACAAGCAGCUCAGCAGUAUGGUAAAGACAAAUUAAAGAUCUACAAGUCUACCUUUGUGAACAUGUACUACGCAGUGACUGACAAAAAACAUAAGACUCACAUGAAGCUGAUCACACUUCUUCCCGAGGAAAAGGUUAUUGGUCUGCACAUUCUCGGCCUAGGAGCAGAUGAAAUGCUUCAGGGUUUUGCAGUGGCCAUAAAGAUGGGAGCAACCAAGGCUGACUUUGAUAAUGCUGUAGCCAUCCAUCCCACUUCUUCUGAAGAACUUGUGACCAUGCGCUGAUUUUAAUCUAUAUGUUUCCUCAUGCACAUCAAAGCUCUUUUCAACUUCUCCAGCACUGAUGUAGAUUCUCUGCAAGCCUCUAAUGAUUUGUCUUUGAAAGAAUCCUGAGCUGUGAAUAUCUCUAUCACAAAAGGCUGUGCCCCUCCUAGCCAUGCCCUGUGCCCCUCCUGGCCACGCCCUAGCUACCCUUCACACUCUGUGUAUAAAGGUCCACACAUUAUGUAAAUAGUAUGCAACUCUGCAAUUAUAAUAGCCAUCCCUUUUCUGGUGAAAAAAUAUUAUUCAAUUGAUUUAAUGUAAUUAUAGAUUUUUGUAAUUUCAAAUAAAUUUGUAUUAAAAAAACAUAUCUCUCUCAAAAUUAUUUACACUUAAAGUAACAAUUCUUGAAAACCUUCUUUCAUACAGUACAUGUAUGAUUUAGGUGUUUUUUUGAAAACCUUACUCCAGCAAGGAAAAGUAAUUGGAAGACCGUGCUUAGUAAUGUUUGGCUUGGGUAAGCAGUCGUUUCUAAGCUUAAGCAAAUUGCAAAA